CUUGCUUGCCCGUGUUCGGCUUGGGGUGUGCCGCCCCUGGUAUCUUGGCCUGUUCCAACUUGCGCCUUGGAAUCUCCCUUUUCUUCCUUGCUUUCCUCUCUUUCCUUUCUAUUUCGUCCCCGUCUUUUCCGUACAACGCAUCGACUUUGGCGUCUUGUUGGAGUCGCAUUCUCUGCACCUUCUUUAAUUCCUGACACUCGUUCGUCCGAUUUGCCUGAUCUGAGGCUCCGCUCUUUCUUCUUGUCGCUCCUUUAGACAGCUUUGUUGUGAUUGCCUGCCGACCGCCGUUUUCUCAUUUCGAGUCUCCGUUGCCCUUCGAUCUACUACUACUAGUAUUUGGGCAGAUCACCAGAGCAACAACUCGUCGUCAAUCAACAACCGAACUCGGUCAUCUCGACUUGCAAAUCCAGUAGCUGCGGAAUUUCCAGACCCCAUCAUACUAUUGCCAUGCUUAUCCAAUCGACUCUUAUCGCGCUCAGCGCGACCCUCGCGGCCGCCGUCAAGCCCUUGACGGUCAAGAACCAGUUCUUCGUCGACCCCAACGACAACAUCUUCCAGAUCGUCGGUGUCGCCUACCAGCCCGGUGGCUCUGCUGGCUACAAUGCCGCCCUCGGAAAGGACCCCCUCAGCGAUGGCGAUAUCUGCCGCCGUGACGCUGCCAUUCUCCAGAUUCUCGGCGUGAACACCAUUCGUGUCUAUAACUUGAACCCGGAUGUCAACCACGACGAGUGCGCCAGCAUCUUCAACGCCGCCGGUAUCUACAUGAUCCUCGACGUCAACUCUCCCCAGGUUGCCGGCUCCCUGCAGAACUACAACCCCUGGGAGUCGUACUAUGACACCUACGUCAACCGUACUUUCGCCGUUGUCGAGGCCUUCAAGAACUACGACAACACCCUUGCCUUCUUCUCCGGAAACGAGGUCAUCAACGACGCUUCUUCCGCCGGCCAGGUCCCCCCUUACAUGAGGGCCGUCACCCGCGAUAUCAAGAACUACGUCGCCAAGCACUGCGACCGCAAGAUCCCCGUCGGCUACUCGGCCGCCGAUGUCCGUGACGUUCUCUUCGACAGCUUCGAGUACUUCACCUGCGCCGAGGACGGCAAGUCCGACGACCCUAGCCGCGCCGACAUCUUCGCCCUCAACAGCUACUCCUGGUGCGGCGACAGUGACAUGCAAAAGUCCGGCUACGUCGACCUCGUCGAGGGCUUCAGCAACACCUCCGUCCCCGUCUUCUACUCCGAGUAUGGCUGCAACGAGGUGAAGCCCCGUAUGUUCACCGAAGUUGGCGCCAUCUACGGCAAGGAUUUCAGCCAAGUUUUCUCUGGUGGUAUCGUCUACGAGUACACCGAGGAGGAGAACAGCUACGGUCUCGUCAGCGUCAACACCAAGGACCAGUCCGUCACCCUCCUCAAGGACUUCUACACCCUCAAGGAUCAGUUCGCCAAGCUCGACUGGAAGAAGAUUCAGGGCGUCAAGUCCGCCAAGGACGGCUCCGGCCCCAAGCCCCCCAAGUGCGACUCCAAGUUGAUCCAGUCCAAGGACUUUGACGGCAACUUCACCCUCCCCGCCAUGCCUCCCAACGUGCCCAAGAUCCUCGCCAAUGGUGUUAGCCCCAAGCCCAGCGGCAAGCUCAUUGAGGUUACCAACUUCAAGUCCAAGUACACUGUCAAGAACGCCGAUGGUAGCGUCAUCUCCGACUUGGCCGUCAAGCCCCUCAGCAACGACGAGAGCAACUCUCCCGGCACCAACGAUGCCAAGAUCCAAUCCUCUGGCAGCGUCACCUCCUCCUCCGGCAACUCCACCACCUCGGGCUCCAGCUCGGAGGCUACGUCCGACGCCAAGAACACCAGCGGCGCCGCCGGCAGCGCCGUUGCUAUGACCGUGCCCGCCAUGGCCAUGGGUGCCUUUGCCAUCUUUGCCGGUCUCGCCUUGUAGAUGAGGCACCGGCACGUCAGAGCGCUGGCUGUUUAGUCGGCGGUUGUCAUUUCUGCAAGUAAAAAUAGGUCAUCAAGAAGAUGCUAUAGAGUUAAACCGAUUGAUAGCGCAAGUUGUAAUAAUCUGAAAGGUCAUUAUGAUGUUCCGCCAAAUUCCUUUUUUCGCCUUUGGUGCUAUUGUUACUGCUGGUGGUCAUGGAAUAGUUGAUGUAAAGUCUUGUGCUGUUCCUGGGGUCUGUAGGCGCUCGAAAUCGAGCGGUUAAAGCUUUGCUAUGUUUCCUUGAGGGGUGUGGUGAGAAAGGGAUGGAGUUAAAGUUGAGGUGAAUAAUGCAAAGGAGGCAGAGAAAGUGAGUGAAAGUUGGUAAUUACCCGAGUGUAGUGAUUAGUGAAGGAUCGUACAUGGUGACUAUUAUCGUGAUACCGGCAAAGAGGACA